CUCUCUUCUUUCUAAUAUAUUUUCAUCAGAAUCUCCCAUGGCCGACGCCUGAGAGUUUGUCUUCCGUGUUCCGCCAGCGUUCUCUCUCUAUAUGUAGAUAGAUUAUACAUACACAAACAGAGUUAAAAACAAACGGAUAAUUCUUACGCAGUCUGAAACACGAAAGUAAUGGACUUAUCAACAAAGCUCCAAUUCAUCAACUUGAAAUCUACAUUCCUCGCCGGAGCAACUCCACUUUCGCAUGCCCUCCUGCCGCCCAAGCGCCGCCCCUUAUCCGCCACGAGCACCCUGAAAGCCACACUCCGUCCCUCGAGAAACCCACGUCGAAUUUCCUCUAAAUUAGCUUCAAUUGCCACGGAAACCUACACUCCGACCGCCGCUCUUCAAGAAGAAGACGACCAAGAUAUCGUAUCCCUGUUCUCCGAUUAUAGCUCCGAACAAUCGAAGACCAAUUACAAGCGCGGGAACAAGAACCCCACCGGGGCCUCGUCCAUUUCAUCCGGCGUAAGGUUAGAAAACGUGAGCAAGAGCUAUAAGGGCGUGACUGUGUUGAAAGACAUUAAUUGGGAAGUGAAAAGAGGGGAAAAGGUUGGACUGGUCGGCGUUAAUGGCGCGGGGAAAACGACCCAGUUAAGAAUUAUAUCGGGUUUGGAAGAACCCGAUUCUGGGAAUGUGAUCAAAGCGAAGAAUAACAUGAAAAUUGCCUUCUUGAGCCAAGAAUUUGAGGUCUUGGCGAGUAGGACCGUCAGAGAAGAGUUCUUGAGCGCGUUCGAGGAGGAAAUGGAGGUCUCCGGGAGGCUGGAGAAGGUGCAGAAGGCGAUAGAGAAGUCUGUGGACGAUAUGGAGCUGAUGGGGAGACUCUUGGAUGAGUUUGAUUUGCUGCAGAGGAGGGCUCAAGCUGUGAAUUUGGAUGAGGUUGAUGUGAAGAUCAAUAAGAUGAUGCCUGCGCUCGGUUUUGCACCUGAGGACGCAGAUAAGCACGUUGGAUCCUUCAGCGGAGGGUGGCAGAUGAGGAUGUCACUUGGGAAGAUUUUGCUGCAGGAACCUGACCUGUUGCUGUUGGAUGAACCUACAAAUCACCUUGAUCUUGAUACAAUUGAGUGGCUUGAGGGUUACCUAAGGAGGCAAGAUGUGCCAAUGGUGAUCAUAUCCCAUGAUAGGGCUUUCCUUGAUCAGUUGUGUACUAAAAUUGUUGAAACUGACAUGGGCGUUUCAAGAACAUAUGUGGGAAAUUACUCUGAUUAUGUUAUUGCUAAGUCAGCAUGGAUUGAAGCUCAGUUUAAUGCGUGGGAAAAACAACAUAAGGAGAUUGAACACACUAGAGACCUAAUUAGCCGGUUGAGUGCAGGAGCAAAUGCUGGCCGUGCUUCCACUGCCGAAAAGAAGCUCGAAAAACUUCAGGAUGAGGAACAAGUUGAGAAACCUUUCAUUCGAAAGCAGAUGAGAAUUAGGUUUCCAGAGCGAGGAAGAAGUGGCCGAACUGUUGUGACAAUAAAUAACCUGGAUUUCAGUUAUGAGGAUAAGGUUCUGUUUAAGAAUGCGAAUUUGACAAUUGAAAGGGGAGAGAAACUUGCCAUUCUUGGUCCAAAUGGGUGUGGAAAAAGUACGUUGCUGAAACUGAUUGUGGGGAUGGUAAAGCCAGACAGAGGUGAAGUUUUGCUUGGGGAGCACAAUGUCUUACCAAACUAUUUUGAGCAAAAUCAGGCAGAGGCGCUUGAUCUGGACAAGACGGUGAUAGAAACUGUUGCUGAAGUUGCAGAAGACUGGAGACUCGAUGACGUUAAGGGUCUCCUAGGACGUUGUAACUUCAAGGCGGAUAUGCUUGACCGGAAGGUUUCCUUUCUAAGUGGUGGUGAGAAGGCCCGGCUUGCAUUUUGCAAGUUCAUGGUCACACCUUCAACACUUCUUGUUUUGGAUGAACCUACCAAUCAUUUGGACAUACCCACAAAAGAGAUGCUUGAGGAGGCGAUCAAUGAGUACCGAGGGACUGUUAUUACUGUUUCUCACGACAGAUAUUUCAUUCGGCAAAUUGUUAAUCGAGUAUUGGAAAUAAAAGAUAGGAGGCUACAGGACUAUGCAGGAGACUACAAUUAUUAUCUGGAGAAGAACCUUGAAGCAAGAGAAAGGGAGCUCGAACGGGAGGCAGAGUUGGAGGAGAAGUCACCAAAAGCAAAAUCCAAAUCCAAGAUGACAAAGGCGGAGAAGGAAGCUAGGAAGAAGCAGAAGGUGCAGGCGUUCCAAGCUGCUAAGCAGAAAUCUAAAGGGCACAAAAAUGCUAAAAGAUGGAAAUGAAAAACUGUCAUAUACAUUAGAGUUAGAGGGAAUGAUAGUUUAUUUAGUCCAUGUUCAUUUGUACAUACACAGAUAUAGGUAACUUGUAUCAGUAAGAACAUCAUGAUUUGUAUACACUGCAUCUUUAUGAAAUUAACUUCUCAAGGUACAAAA